AGAUGUAUUUUUUUUUAUCAAUCAUGGAUUAAAUAUUCAUAUUUCUCUUAAAAAACCAAAAGGCAUGAAUUGUUUAUUGCUGCUAACAACACAACAAGUAAGCAGUUUUUGUUGUUUAAAACCAAAUCAUUGCAAGAAGGUAAUGUGUCAGCGAGAAUAUAUAAUUGGCCAAGAACGAAAGUUAUCGUCAUUCAUAGCUUCAAGACAAUCAUAUAUUUUAAAAUGCUAGGCGUUCAAAAUCAAACAAAGAUGAAGGCAAUAGUGAUCACCACACCCGGCGAUGUAGAGGUGCUGCGAUUACAAGAAGUAGAAGACCCACAAAUCGAAGACGAUGAGGUGUUGAUCAAGGUUGAGGCCACCGCCCUUAACAGGGCUGAUACCAUCCAAAGGCAGGGCAAAGUACCCACCUCCAAGAGGCGCCAGUCCCUACCCUGGUCUUGAAUAUUCCGGUACCAUCGAAGCCACUGGGAAACUUGUUUCUCGCUGGAAAGUGGGGGAUCAUGUAAUUUCCUACUUCCCAUAGAAACCCAAUUCAUAUUUCCUACUUCCCAUAGAAGCCCAAUUCAUACCAAACGGUAUCAUUUGCAUUUGACUCUCUUGUGCAUGUACAAGUGUGUGCUCUUCUUAGUGGAGGAGGCUACGCCGAGAAAGUGGCGGUUUCAGCUGGACAAGUUCUUCCCGUCCCUUCGGGCAUUUCAAUCAAGGAAGCCGCUGCUUUUCCUGAGGUGGCGUGCACUGUUUGGUCGACCAUUUUUAUGACCAGUCGGCUUUCUGCCGGAGCUGGGAUAUUUGAUGGAUAUCCUAUAUUUGAACUCGCGCCAAAUGGGAUUUAAGGUUCAUGGUGGCUCUAGUGGAAUCGGGACAUUUGCAAUUCAGAUAGCUAAGACCCGAGGGGUCAAGGUGUUUGUCACUGCAGGGAAUGAGGAGAAAUUAGUGGUAUGUAAAGAACUCGGAGCUGACGUUUUCAUCAACUACAGAGCAGAGGAUUUCGUUGCACGAGUUAAGGAAGAAACCAGCGGAAAAGCAGCCUACUUUCAGCGAAACCUGGAUAGCUUAAAUUUCGAUGGUGGGCUUCAUAUCAUAGGCUUGAUGGGUGGAGCUGUGACACAAUUUAAUCUGGGUUCUUCGUUUGCAAAGCGCCUAACCGUACGAGUUACCUUGGAAGGCCCUUCAUUUAUAUUAGUUCUUGCCCUUCACGUCUGGUUUGCGAAUGAGUCCAGAAAACAAAGCGGAAAUUGUGAAUGAGGUGGAGAAGAAUGUUUGGCCUGCAGUUGUUGCAGGGAGGGUGAAGCCUGUGGUCCAUAAGCAAUGUCCCCUAUCUUCAGAGGCUCACUGGCUUAUUGAAAGUAGCCAACAUAUUGAUGAAAUUUUGAAGCAAGGGAGAGGGAGAUGAACUUUUGAAGCAUUGAAAUGGCACCCUACUUGCAAUUUUACAUGGUUCACCAUAGUCACGAAUAUAAACUUAUUUAGCUUGUUUGGAGCUAGAAGAAAAAAUAUGCAAAACAUUGAGGAUAACUGCAAGACUUGAAUAAUGGCUACUUGAGAUGGUUUCAGAUUUUACAACAGAGAAAAGUCUUUCUUACCUUUUGAACAAUGUAUAAUAAUUGUCACCAUGCAAGUGCACAAUGUUUCUGGCAAAUGGACUUGCCUCUAAUGCAUUUCUCAUGCGAAUGCAGUAAUUCCUCUCAAUAUUCUCCUUCAUCACACUACCAUAUGGAAAUUUGCCUUCUCAAAAUGUGGUUCAUACUCUUAAUUCGAUAAAACAAGGGUUUAAUAUUAUGGAAUUUUGAUCCAUUAAGUUCAUUUUAAAUUUUAUAAGGGAUUGAUUUAUUGCAAAUGUUUUUUGACAGCCAAAAUGACUUUUGGGGGUCAAAAUCAGCUUUUUGGGGAGUUAAUAUUAGUGAUUAGUGAGUAGUGAUCAGUUAGCCUCAUUGUUGAUUUCAAAAUUAAUUCUUCAAACACAGAAUGAAACUUCAGAAUUUGAUAUCAUCUACAGCACUGAGACCACCUACCAAUCACAAGAAGCAAUUUUUCCAGUUUGAUUUUUGUGGGCUUUUUUUUUUGACCUUAUUAAUGAAUGAAGACAUGGAAGAGUAGAUUAAGUCAAAAACGUCCACUGAAGUCAUAUACUUGAUAAAAUAAUGAAAGCUACCUAGAUGAUGCUGAGGAAAUUCAUGGUUCCUAUACCCCACGAUUCAGCUUGUUUCCUUCUCCUUUCUCCCUCAAUUUGGCUAGUUAGGGUUAGUAGAUUAGUGUUCCAUUCAAUUAAUAGAGUUAUAAUUUUGGUUUUUGCCUUGCCCUUGGUGCCAUCAAGUUUCUGCACUAGGAAGGCUUUUGUAAUCCGAGUUGUCUCUUCUGGAACAACUGGUUCUUUAGCUCCAGUAAUAGUAAGUUUUGAGAAUUUUCUUGUAUCAUGAAUGCUGUUCUGAUUUCUUUUAGUUAUACCACUAUUCAGCUUCUGUUUAUCUUUUUGCUUUUGCCAAUGCCUUUAUCUUAUUCUCUUUAUCUUUUGUAAUCUUCAUCCAAAAUUAGGAAGAAAAAAUUUUUCCAUGGAUGUUAUUGGGGCAGUUGUUAGUAUCAUGAGCUGCUUAUGUGCAAAAAAUUGUAUAAAUGAAUCAAUCAGUAGGCAGUAUGGACAUCUUCGAAACCCUAAAAGAAAGUUGGGAAAGCUUAGAAGGAAAAUGGAAGAGCUAAAUGCCCUAAAAGUAGAAGUAACCAUAAAACUGGAGCAGAUGCAGCUGCAAUUCGGGAUGGAGCCAAAGGAAGGGGUAAAAUUGUGGCUGAGAAAUGUUGAUGAGAUUGACAGCGAAGUGAGUAGAAUUACCACUGAAAAUAGACAAGAAAAUUUGAGUUGGUAUUGUCCUAACUACUUGUGUUCAAGAAAACAGUUUGGAAAACUCGUUGAAGAAAAGAUUGAGGAGGUUGCUGACCUUAUUGAGAAGGGAAACUUUUCAGAUGAUUCAUUAGCUCACAAGUUGCAGAACAAAGGUCUCACUCUCCCCACAACUUUGCUAUUGGAGAAUCACACAACCAUGCUUAGCUGGAAGAAGAUUUGGAGCUGUUUGAUGGGUUCUAAAGUAGGUAGGAUUGGUGUUUAUGGAAUGGGAGGCAUUGGCAAAACAACUAUUAUGAGAGAAAUUAAUAACCAACUUUUGAAAGGGAGUACAGAUUUCGGUUGUGUUAUAUGGGUGACUGUAUCAAAGGAUUUUGAUCUUGACAGGUUACAGAAGGGCAUUGCAAAGCAGUUGAACUUUUCCCUUUCUGAUUGUGAGUCAGUGGUGGAAAAAAGCGCUAAAAUAUAUGGUGCUUUACACAGAAAGAGGUUUGUACAAGUUUUAGAUGACUUGUGGGAACCAUUUCCUCUUGAACAGGUUGGAAUUCCCUUUCCAACAGCAGAGAAUGGUUGCAAGAUAGUUCUAACUACACGGUUAAUGAGCAUCUGCCGAGGAAUGGAAACAGAACAGGAUGUAGAAAUAAAAGUUCUUUCUGAGGAUGAGGCAUGGAAUCUCUUCAGGGAUAAAGUUGGAAAAGCAGUUCUAGUUGAGCCAAAGAUACAGAAUAUUGCUAGGAAGGUAGCAAAGGAAUGCGGUGGUUUUCCUCUUGCCAUCAUCACGGUUGGGCGUGCCUUGAGAAGGGAAACUAAUAUUUCAGAGUGGGAGAUUGCUCUGACUGAGCUGAGAGGCUCAACUGGCAGUAUAGAAUGCAUGGAGGACCUAGUGUUUGCUAGAUUAAGAUGUAGCCUCACAAAAUUAAGGGAUGACACAAAUUGAUCUUGCUUUCUUUUUUCUGCAUUAUAUCCUGAAGGACAUUACAUUGAUAUAAAUGAGUUGAUUGAGUAUUGGAUGUGGGAGGGUUUGCAGGGCAGUGUUGGAAGGAUAGUGGAAAAGAAAAGGAAGGGAAAAAUCAUACUGAAUGAAUUGAAAAAUGCAUGUUUGUUAGAAAGCAUAACUCAGUAUGGGAUUGAAUAUGUCAAAAUGCAUGAUUUGAUUAGAGAUAUGGCAAUUGCAAUCUUAAGCACAAGCCCUCGAUGCAUGGUAAAAUCUGGGAUUGGUCUGAAAACUCCUCCACAGGUUGAUGAAUGGAUUGAUGAUCUCCAUAGAGUCUCAAUAAUGAGAAAUGAUUUGAAAAGUAUUCAUUUUAAGC